AUGGACAAUAGUGGCAACCACACGGCGACCAAAAUCCUAGCGACUCCUCCGUCCAGAGAAAGCCUGACUGCCAGGAGCAACAUGAUCAGCACGCCCAAGCCACUCGCCUUCUCCAUUGAGCGCAUCAUGGCGCGGACUCCAGAGCCCCGCUCCAUCCCCGUCCCGCAGCUCCUCCAUGGCUCCGUGGCCAAAGGCGACCCCAAGCAUCCGCUGCACCUCAACUCCUCCAUCCCCUGCAUGAUCCCCUUUGUCCCGGUGGCGUACGACACCCUGCCCAAAGCGGCGGUGGCUGGAGCGGAACCCAGGAAGGCUCACUUAGAUUCCUCUUCCUCGCCCUCCUUUAGCUGCGGCGAUCUCUUGAACUGUGCCCUGAGCUUGAAAGGAGAUUUCCCCCGCGAUGCCCUGCCCUUGCAGCAGUACAAACUGGUAAGACCCCGAGUGGUCAAUCACUCCUCCUUCCACGCCAUGGGAGCCCUGUGCUAUUUCAACCGAGGCGACAGCCCCUGUCACCCGUCCUCCAGUGUCAACAUCCACCCGGUGGCUUCUUAUUUCCUCAGCUCUCCCUUGCACCCGCAGCCCAAAGCUUACCUGGCGGAGCGGAACAAGCUGGUGCUGCCGACCGUGGACAAGUACUCGGCGGGGGUGGCCUUCAAGGACUUAUCGCAGGCUCAGCUGCAGCACUACAUGAAAGAAAGCGCUCAGAUCCUCUCGGAAAAAAUCGCCUAUAAGACGUCGGAGUUCAGCCGCGGCUCACCGAGCAGCAAGCCCAAAGUUUUCACGUGUGAAGUUUGUGGAAAGGUGUUCAAUGCACAUUAUAAUUUAACGCGCCAUAUGCCGGUGCACACGGGAGCCAGACCCUUUGUUUGUAAAGUUUGCGGGAAGGGCUUCAGACAGGCGAGCACGCUCUGCCGGCACAAGAUCAUCCACACGCAGGAAAAGCCACACAAGUGCAACCAGUGCGGCAAAGCUUUUAACCGGAGCUCGACUCUGAACACGCACACGCGAAUACACGCCGGCUAUAAACCAUUUGUCUGUGAAUUCUGUGGCAAAGGAUUUCAUCAGAAAGGCAAUUACAAAAACCACAAGCUGACUCACAGCGGGGAGAAGCAGUUCAAGUGCAAUAUCUGCAACAAGGCUUUUCACCAGGUGUACAAUCUGACCUUCCACAUGCACACCCACAACGACAAGAAGCCCUUCACCUGCCCCACCUGCGGCAAAGGCUUCUGCAGGAACUUUGACCUCAAGAAGCACGUCCGUAAGCUGCACGACAGCGCCCUGGGACUGCCCCAGCCGCCCGCCGAGCUGGGGGGGCCCGACCCGCCGCCCCCGCCCGGGGCGCUGCUGCCGGGCCCGCCGCCGCUGCAGCCGUGA